AUGGGUUCGAUCGCUAACAGGCCAAUCAUCUUGUCUCAAUUAUGGCACAAUUACGAAGAUUUGAUGCAGAGAAUAGAUCAACACUUCAGCGAUACUAAGGUGAUAUUUGACCAAAAUUUUACAUACGAUCAAAGUGCAACACGUGCGUUAGCCAACGAAUAUUUACCCCCAGUAGCUGCGCGGUUGUGUUCCUUGAUGAAACUACGUGAAAGGGUCAAUUUUCCAGUUCAUGCCCUCAAAUUAAUCGAUCAUCCUUUAAUUAACGCGAAAAUGGAGAACGAACUCAAACCGAAAUACGAAGAAAUGAUGAUACCCUAUGUUGCUCACAAGUAUAACAUUAAUUCUGUUUCUUUUUUCAAGACCAUAAUCGCAGAGAAAGAGGAAGAAAUAUUCGAAGCUUGGAAGCAAACGUUGCCAGAAAUUUUGGAGACCCAUUUAACGAAAACUCUGUUGAUUGUUCACGAAGACAGAUCACUAGAGUUGAAUUUUGCUCCAGAACUGAAGACCUUGUUGAGAGAAAUUCGUUAUAUGUUAAUCAUGAAGAGGACAGACCUUCCUGAAGAGGCUACGCAGUUCUAUGAAAGAUCACAGUUCUUUUUCAUGAGUACUUAUGAUCUUAGUUUAAUAGCAAACUGGUAAAUACAAGUUCAGUUUCUCAAAACUGCAUUAAAAUUUCUUGAAACGAUACUAGAAAUCCGAUUUAGGUAUAAUAGAAUACGAAGUCAGAGUGCUCCGGUUGAGUUCCAGUUGAUUGAGGAGGAAAUUGAACAUAUCGAUAUGUUAAUUGACGAAGGACAAGAGAAUUAUAAUUGGAACUCUGAAGGUAUGAAAGAGUAUAGUUGAUUCGAGGAAAUUAAUUGUAGCUGAUUCCUAAAUUUCUAAAUUAUUAAAUCUAUAAACUGAAAACUUGAGAUCCCAGAAACUAGAAAUACUAAUAGCAAUAUAUUAUCGGUUCUGCGAAUAUGAUAUUUUCGUUCAUUUCCUACGAUUAAUCAUGCAAAUAAGUAAUUGACUAAACUUUCUUAUUGUAAAGGAUUCUAUGUAAUAUUAAAAAAACCUUACAGUAAUAUUUUUACGAAGAGACUCCUUUAACAGCGCGUCAAACGUUUUCGCGUCUUCAUGAGUGACUAAUUUAUCAGAAUACACCCUCGAUGCUUCAUGAACAUACAAUCUUAUCAAAUGAUUUGGAGUUGGUACAAUCUCUCCGUUAGCGAACAAAAUACCCUAAACACAUUAAUAUAACCAUUUAUAACUAUUUCAUACUUUCUCGUUUUCUUAUUAGUUAGUCUAUAAUUACUAACAAACAUAUAUAAAAAGAAAAUUUCUUAAUUCUAGACCAAUUACAAUAGACUCGGCGACUCGUAGCUAAAAUUAGUGAGGGUGAAUUUAUUCAGGAAAAGAAAGAAUUAAAAAAAAGGACUCAUUAUAUUAUAUGUUAUAGAUAAUGUCAAGUGCAAAUAAGUGCUGCACAGCCUUUAGAA